AUGCCCGUCUACGAUCCCACGCCCGAUGUCUGGACCAUCAAGUUCAAGAACGCCCGCACAACCGUCGUCCUCUACGUCUACCAACUCCAAAACCUCUCAAGCAUAAAAGCAGAGCUCCUACACGCUCUCAAGACCGCAUACCCUUCAGGUCAACUCAACGGCGCAACACUACCUGAAUCACCAGACGACAUUGAAUUCGCCAAACCUCGCGACCCUUCAAAUCCCGGUACUUCAGGAUGGCAAAGCAUUGAGGCAGAUGCUCCAGUAGAGGACUUUGAUGCCGAUCUAUUCGGAGGCGGAGAUGUUACACCCAAGGCCAAAGGAAAAGGCAAGGGAAAGGCAAAGAGUGCGGGUCACAAGGAUGGUCUCUUGGGUGCUGGCUUGAAGGACAAUGGCAUUGUUGCUUUCAGGUUCAAGGGUCAGAAGACUGUCUCGAGACCUGUGGGUGAUGAUGUUGACGAGGGUCUGGGUCUGGAUCUGGAAGAUGAGGUUGCGCCUGAUGCUGAUGGUUGGAACGUCGAGUUGCCCAAGUUUGAGGAUGUCUAUGGCUUGAACGACUUGGUGCCUGAUGAUCAGCUUACCACGCCCAAGGCUGAUAAGUUUGCUUGGGCUGCUUGA